UUAUGAUCAAGUCUCUCUCAGUCUAUCGACCAGCUCCAUACGUAACGCGCAGGCUGAGAUGUCGUCUGCUUUGUGACAACGCGUGGUCUGCAGACGACACUCCGCGUGUAAGGAUGGAUGCCUGUUCGCAGUGUCUUGCGCGUGAAUUUCGAUCGGAAAAUGCUGGACUAGGAUACGAAAAUCCCCCAGUAUUCGUCACAUCCCAGUGGCCGGUGAGGCAGCGCUUCUACGUGGUGUACCGGGCGCUGAUAGCGGUGGCGAUCACGGGCUGGUGCGCAGCAGACAUUACGUACGAGUCCACCACCUUCUACGACUACAAAGUAUGGAAGUGGUUUAUAUUUGCCACCAACUGGAGCUUCCUCCUUCUGGCGCUGUCGGCGAUAUACAACGCCUGCACAGUUGCCGUAUAUACAUGUCGACCAUACUGGAUUAUGGACCCUAUGUACCCGAGGAGCAUGCCCAUUGUUCUACGUCUUCAGUGGAUCAUCUACAAUCUGAGCUGUAACUCCGCCAUUGUGGUCACCAUGUCCUACUGGUCGUUCGUCGCCUUCUUCUCACAUUCGGAGCUGCUGGCAACCCCGAUGAGCCGAGUCAAGCAUACCAUGAAUACUGUGUACGUCAUCAUUGACGUCAUGAUCACUGGCGCCCCGCUACGCGUGUUGCACAUGUUCAUGACAAUAACACUCGGCUCCGUCUACGCCCUCUUCAACGCUAUCUACUUCCUCAACGACGGCACUGUGACGGAUUCUCGUGAAGAGAGACAUUACGCUUAUAACUUCAUGAACUGGAACAAGCCGGUCGAGGCUGUCAUUACCUGUGUUCUCUGCGUGCUCCAGGCUAUGCUCGCGCAGGUUAUCCUCAACUUCCUGUAUCGGCUCCGGAUGUGGGUGUUUUCCAAGUUUUACUACAUACCAGAUGACCCUACUCUAGACUCGGAGAUGCAGAAUAUUGUCAUGUCAACCUCAACAAGCUAUAACGCUGUUGAUGACAAGAGUCUCGCCAAUGAUGGACGCUAUGCUGAAUAACCCCUGCUGUACAUAGGAUAAUAGUUCAGGUUUAAUUGCUAGCAAAAUAUCAAGAUUCAACCUUCAAUUUAAGGACAAACGGACCACAAACAAGCUUCUGGGUAAAUAAAUACAUGUAUUACGACUAAGGGGCAACCUGUUCUUAAGAAGUCGUUUUGGAGACAAGUUUCAUUACAAUCGAAAGAUAGUGACAAAAUAAUCUCUUGGAGAUCUUCAUAGUUCUUUAUCAAAUUGUACAUAUGGACUCACGGUCAUUAUAUUCGUCUCAACAUUCGCUCCAUUUCUUAAUGCCAUUUAUCAUUAUUUUCACGGUAACUUACUAGACAAUCGUUAUAAAUCAACUCAAAAUAUUACGACAGUUGAUUAGGUUGUGAAAGUGUUUUUUUGACAAUUUAUGGUAGAGAAACAGGUUUUCAGUGCUGUGUAAUUUUCUCCGUAAACGCUCCUCCCUCUCUGUCCCGUCUUUCAAACAUGCCGCUCAUGCUUUCCCCCUUGGUGCUAAGUAUCCGUGACGUCAUAGGUUAUAUCUACAUUUCCUGUGACGUAGUACACAAGACUCGAUGACGUAUGAUGGACAAGUAUUGACCCACACUGGUGCUAACCUUGACCUUGGUUAUACCUGUCUUGUAUAAAACGGCUAGGCACUGUUUGAUUUAGACAGGAUCUGUAUCUUGUUUUAAAUAUUUAAAAAAGUUCAAGGUGUGUGUUCUUGUGUGAAAAAAGUUAGAAAUUUCAUUUUCAUUUUAACAUUAUUGUUAUGUGAUUGUUUUGUGGCUGUGUGAUGCAUUUAAUACCAUGAGAACAAAUGCAGUCUGUGUUUUACCACAAAGCUUCGAUGGAUUGUACGUGCCCUCAUAGAUCCCUGUUAUUGUAUAUAGUUCAUAUAGAAUGUUUAAAAUCAUUGUCACGCAUCUUAGCAUUAAGAUAGUGAAAUUGUUGAUAGCUUAGUUAAAUGGAUAAUUGUCCGUGUUUGUUGACUUAACGUAUUGUAUUGUUAGAUAUAUGUAGAAAUUGUUUCUAUCAUACAAGCGAUUAUAUUUGAAUUAUAUCUAUAUUUUACAAAUUUUUCUAUUCCAUCCAUGUUAUUUCAAUGUUUGACUUGCUCAUGUCAUGAUUUUGCUGUGAUAAUCCGUCAUUGUGAAGUUGAUUCAUCUUUAUUUAUGAUUAUUAUGUGAAUUAAAAUGAAGUAAUAAUUGA